UCAGUACUACUCCAUACAAGAUGAUUCAUUUGCAAGUUUCUCAUAUGAUACGCUAAAGGAUCAGGGUAUUCGAGCACCAGUUUCAAUUGAUGAUCCACGAUUGCAAAAAACUUGGCACAUCGCUGUGGACGAUAUACCACCGAUGGAAUUUUGCAUAAAUCGUAUUGCCAAUGUGACAGUUUAUAAUAACACCUACGAAUUUGAUGUUACCGAAAUUCACGAUUGCGUUUUACUGAAAUUCACUGAAAAAGAAGUGAAAGAAAUCCGAAAAAAUUCAAGUGUUUUACGAGAAUUAUUGAAAGAACGUCAUAUCACAUUCAGGCCUGAAGAUGCUCUUAUCAUAUCGAAAGGAAUUUUGAAAUUCAGUCUACGCACCAUUCAUUUCAGUCCAGUUUCAACCGAUCAAAGACCGGAAUGUUACCGAAUUGAUGUAAAUUUUACUUUUUUACUUGUUUUUGUUGCAUAG